AUGGAGAAGGUCCAGGCUGGUGACCGCUUUGUGGGCUGGGUGAAGCACCCUGUGCUGACGUCACGGCAGAAGUUCAACCUUGUCGUAGAGGUAGGUCCUGGUGAUGACAAGGGUGCGUGGAAGAUCACGGAUCCCAACAAGAGGCUGCAGGCGGGCAAGUCUUAUGAAGGUCCCUGCAAGGUCAUUGCCGAAGAAGGAGAAAGCAUCAUCUUCCGGGACGAAGAUACGGUCCUGAAUGGCACUCUGAACGGUGCCGGGCCGGGCACAAUCAGUGGCCGUGCCAUGCAGGGCGGGCUGAAAUGGGGUGGUUUCUUCGAGGUGGCACGGGAAGCUGACUGA